GAUGCAACCAAGAGGCCAAAUACUUAUGAAAGGUACUGUAAUGUAUUAAAUAUAUAUUUAUUCGCUAUAUAUUUAUGGCUAAACAAAUGACAAUUCAUGGUAAGUGAUUAUGCUCAUGACUGACUAAAUGAUUGAUUGUUUGAUUGAUUGUUUGAUUGAGUUCCACUUUGACCAGAAAAUUGGUUGAUUGAUCAUUAAGAAUUGUUUUUUUUUUUAAUGUAUGCUUUUGUAUGCAAUUGAUUGAUUGAUUGAUUGAUUGAUUGAUUGAUCCACAGGUCAUGGCUGUGGUUCCUUUCCUGGUGAUUUUAGUACAAGUGGUAUUAUUACCAUCUGUUUUUGGAGGAGCAUAUUACGGGCACAAACCACAUCAUCAGCAGCUCCAGCCUGUACCUCAUAUACCUCACAAAGGUAUAGGAAAAGAGAUGCCUCAUAUGCAGUACCCACAUUACAGGAAAGAAAUGCCACAUUUUCCCAUGCAUAUGAAUAAAGGCAAGGACAAAAAAGGUGAUCACUUUAUCAUCCCCAUAUUACUAUAUAUGCAUGACAUCUCACUGUAUCACUAUAUUAUAUGCGAUUCAUGUUUUGAGCAAAUACUGCCAUGUUUCCCUCAGGGUAUUCAAGGUGAAGUUGGACCACAAGGACCCCCAGGACCACAAGGACCACCAGGACCUCCUGGUCCUCAAGGAAAUGGUGUGGCAGGUUCUCCAGGAAAUCCAGGUUCUCCUGGCCCUCCAGGGUUGCCUGGUGUUGGUAAACCAGGAAUGCCAGGCAUGCCAGGAAAGCCUGGUGAUAUGGGACCAUCAGGAAAACAAGGUGAACAGGGACCUGGUGGAGCAGAGGGACUACCAGGCAUGCCAGGACCACCUGGUCCCCCUGGACCCCAGGGCUUGCCAGGAAUUGGGAAGCCAGGUGGCCAAGGGCGACCAGGACUGCCAGGACCCAAAGGGGAACCAGGGCACAAAGGUCUACCUGGUCUUCCGGGGUUGCCUGGUCCAAAAGGGGAUAAGGGAAUUGGACAUCCUGGGCCACAAGGUCCUAAAGGCCUACCUGGGCCGCCAGGUCCACCUGGGCAUAAAGGAUUGCCAGGGGUGGGCAAGCCUGGAACACCUGGUUUGCCAGGAGCACCAGGUAAACCAGGGCAACCUGGACCGCCUGGACCACUUGGUCCAAAAGGUCCACCAGGCUUGGAGGGCAAACAAGGACCACAAGGACUGCCUGGCAUUGGGAAACCAGGUGAGGGUGGAUUGCCAGGACAACCAGGUGUCCCAGGUCAUAAAGGACUACCAGGGCCACCAGGUUUGCCAGGGAAGGCUGGAUUACCUGGAUUUGGAAAACCAGGAUACCCUGGCCCAAAGGGUGACAAAGGAAUGGGGGGACCACCUGGUCCUCCAGGACCAAAAGGUGACAAAGGAUAUGGAGGGCCACCUGGUAUGAUUGGACCCCAAGGACCCAGUGGUCCUCCUGGCCCUCCAGGACCGGUAGGACUGCCUGGUGGUAUUGGUGAACGAGGACCUAAAGGAGAGGGAGGUGAAGGUGGAGCAAAGGGAGAACAUGGGCCUGUAGGAGAGCCAGGACCUCCAGGAAUUGCAGGCCAACCAGGUCAAGCAGGUGAGGAUGGUGAGCCUGGGCCACGAGGAGCACCAGGACCCAUCGGUCCCAAAGGAGAUGGAGGAGAGAAGGGUCUUACUGGCCCUCCUGGCCUUCCUGGCCCUCCUGGUAUUAAAGGAGAAGGGGGUGCACCUGGUCCCAAAGGGCCUCAGGGACCUAAUGGCAUUCCAGGGUUUGCAGGACCAGGGGGACCAAUUGGACCACCUGGACCCCCUGGGCCUAAGGGAGAAGCUGGGGCUCCUGGCCAGGCUGGUCCUCCAGGUGAGGGAAGCCCUGGUGUUGCUGGCCCUUUUGGUCCUCCUGGGCCUCCUGGUCCAAGUGGUUUGCCAGGCCAGCCAGGUCAAAAAGGUCCUCCUGGUCCUCCAGGACCCCCUGGACCACCUGCCCUAAACCCUGACCUCAUGGGUGUUCUGCCUGAGAUGGGGCCAGCCCUGGAUGGAGUGAAGACUAGUGGGUAUAUGAAAGGAAAAUAUGGAGGUGGGGCCGAUAUAAUGGGUUCUAAUGGUCUUGAAAUGCCUGCUUUUACUGCACAACUGACUACACCCUACCCUCCAGUUGGCACACCAGUGAUAUUCGACAAGCUACUGUAUAAUGGCCGACAGAACUACAACCCACAGACAGGUGUGUUCACCUGUGACCUUCCUGGUAUCUAUUAUUUCUCAUACCAUGUGCAUUGCAAGGGUUCCAAUGUGUGGGUGGGUCUGUACCGAAAUGGAGAACCUGUGAUGUAUACAUAUGAUGAGUACAAGAAGGGCGUUUUGGACCAGGCAUCUGGCAGUGCUGUGGUUCCGUUACAGCCGGGAGACACUGUUCACAUCCAAUUACCAUCCGACGAGGCAUCUGGACUCUAUGCAGGGCAAUAUGUCCACUCUUCUUUCUCUGGUUUCCUACUCUAUCCCAUGUAGAUCAAUAAAGAAGAAGGAGAAAGAAGUAAUCAAAAGGAAAAAAUAAGAGGCAUGAAAUGAAAAACAUUUACAUGGUUUAAUCAUCAGAGUUACAUGAAAGAACCUCAUGUGACAUCUUGCCAAUGAUCACGCAUAUGUCUAGUAUCGUGUAUAUGCAGACACUAUACUACCUGUACAAAGACUCUAGCAACAACCAACUGCAUUCAGUUCAAAUAUUAUAAUUGGAGAUUUCUAGAAGAAGUCAAGCUAAUAUGGUGCUAAUAUAUGUGUAUCUGUGUACUGAGCUUUAGAGUGUUUGGGACACGUGGGAGUAUUUCCUAUUUUAUGACAAUGUGUCAUAUGUACUGUUGGAUGACCAAAGUGGCAGCUGCCCAAAGAUGACAAGACAAGGCUAUUUUCACAAAUAUUAAAAUGAUGAAAUAAUUGUUCUGACAUAUUUAAAUAUUUACUGAAAUGUACUGUAUAGUGAACGUAUUCUUAAAAAGUACCAUUUCAUAAAGAUGCCUUACCCCUAUAUUUUUAUCUAAAUGUAAUGUUUUUGCACAGUCAUAACCUUUUCACACCAGUUCUAAUUGAAUAACCACUGAGUAAAUACUAUUAAAAAUUAAAGUUACAUUUGGGAAUUUAAGCCCUUAUUCAGAUCUCACAUAUUUAACAUGCCAUUACAUUUCAGUGCAUAUCACAUUAAAACAGCAUAUCAAAACAUCUUCCAUCUAUCUCUCUUAAUAUUCUUCUCCUUUGCGUCAUUUUAAUUUUCUCACCGUAAAUGUUUUACGAAAGGCUUUUUUUCAUUUGUGCUUGCUAAUUACUGAUUGAUUAAAAGUUCAAAGGGCUUGGAGGGAAAAAAAUGUUUUAAUUGUUUACUUUGUCCCUUUAAAUAACUGUUAAAAAAAAAAAGACACAUAAGCCAACAAGAAGCAAA